AUGAAGGCGGCUCAGGCGUUCGUGCAAACUAAUAAUCUUGACAAGGAGAUGGAUGAAUGUAUUGAAAAAUUGAAAGGCUUAGAGUGGGGAGAUUCUGAUCCGAAAUACAUCACUGCUCUUAUGUUGUUUGCUGAAAAUGCUGGAUACAUAUGGAUAAGGAAAAAAAAAAAAAGAAUUGAAAGAAUAAAAGCUAAGGAAUCGGAAGAAACCGGGCAUGCAUAUACACAAGAUUUGAUACACGGAUGUCCUAUACAAUGUUUUGAUAUGAUGUGUCUUUCACAAGAUGCAUUUGUAUUAUUAUGCAAUCAUUUUACUCAAAGAAAUUGGUUGCAACGUAGUAGGACAAUAAGCGUUGAAGAGAAGAUGGCUAUAUUUUUACAUGUUAUAGGACAUAAUGAACGUUUUCGAGCUGUUAAAGAAAGAGAAACUAUUGUACCAACAUCUUCUAAUACACCAAGAAAUCCCUCGGAACGACAUAGACGGCUAAAAAACAUAUUUCCUGGAGCAUUAGGUGCACUAGAUGGAACACUUGUACACGCAGUUGUGCCUGUUGAUGAACAAACUCGCUAUAGGGGAAGAGGAAAAGAUAAAUAUUACUUUUGUGAUGCCGCAUACACCAACACCCGUGGAUUUAUGGCUCCUACCCGCAAUACUAGGUAUUGGUUAGUUGAUUUUCAAAGAAACAGAGCUUUAACAAAGGAAGAAAGGUUUAAUCAUGCUCAUGCACAACUUAGAAAUAUCAUUAAACGAGCUUAUGGUGUAUUGAAGAUGAGAUUUCCAAUUUUAAAAUGUAUGGCUCCUUAUCCUUUUCCAGUGCAAAGAGACAUAGUUAUUGCUUGUGUUGCGGUCCAUAAUUUUAUAAAGAAAUACGAUAUUCAAGAUGACCUAUUUACGAACUUUGAACAAAACACUAUGGUUACUCCUAAUAUGGGAGGUGGAGGAAGUGAGAGCCAAAACAUACAAGGCAUAGAAUGGGGUUCAGAAGCCGUUGAGUAUAUGACUACUUUGCGUGACCAGAUUGCUAAUCAGUUACUUUCAAAUGGUUCACGUUAA